AGAGAGAGAGAGAUCAGUCUUCAAAAGAAAAAAGUGAACAAAAUAGAAGACCCUGGGAUUUGAGUACUGAUGUGGGCGUUUCACACUCCCCAGCCAACGCAACCACCGUCACUGUUCAACCCACCUCGUACGCCACCAAAGCUCCCUUCUUCUUCUCUCACCUUAAACCCCUCCAUCUCUAAUUCAACACCCAACCACAAUCAACUUAUCCAAUCCUUAUGCAAGCAAGGCGACCUUAAACAAGCUUUCAAGCUUCUUUCCCGAGAACCCAACCCUUCUCAAAGGACUUACGAGGUCCUUAUCCUGUCAUGCGCCGACCAAAACUCCCUUUCCCUCGCUCAAUCCCUUCAUUCCCAUAUUUCCGAAAAUGGGUUCGACCAAGAUCCUUUCUUGGUUACCAAACUUAUAUCCAUGUACGCUGCUUUGGAUUCUCUGGACGAUGCUCGCAAGGUGUUCGAUAAAACGCGUAAGAGAACGAUUUUUGUUUGGAAUGCGCUUUUUCGAGCGCUUACUUUGGCUGGUUUCGGGGAAGAAGUUUUGGGUUUGUAUAGAAAGAUGAAUAGGAUUGGACUUCCGUCGGAUAGAUUUACUUAUACUUAUGUGCUGAAAGCUUGUGUUGCUUCUGAAUGUAUGGUUUCGCUUUUAAAUAAAGGGAAAGAGAUUCAUGCUCAUAUUUUAAGACAUGGGUUGGAAGGAUAUGUUCAUAUUAUGACUACUUUGGUGGAUAUGUAUGCAAGGUUCGGUUGCGUUGCGCAUGCGAGUUUUGUUUUUGAGAAGAUGCCUGUGAGGAAUGUGGUUUCUUGGAGUGCGAUGAUGGCCUGUUAUGCGAAAAAUGGGAAGCCGUUUGAGGCAUUGGAGCUUUUUAGGGAAAUGAUGAUUGAGACUCAGGAUUCGGCUCCGAAUUCGGUUACUAUGGUUAGUGUUCUUCAAGCUUGUGCAGCUCUGUCGGCUUUGGAACAAGGGAAGUUGGUUCAUGCUUAUAUCCUUAGGAGAGGGCUUGAUUCGGUUUUGCCCGUUAUCAGUGCUCUUAUUACAAUGUAUGCUCGAUGUGGUGAGCUGGAAUUAGGACAACGGAUUUUUGACCGAAUGGAGAAAAGGGAUGUUGUGUCAUGGAAUUCGUUGAUUUCGAGUUACGGUCUUCAUGGAUAUGGGAAGAAAGCAAUGCAAAUUUUCCAGGAGAUGAUUCAUCAAGGUGUUUCCCCAAGUUCUAUAACUUUUGUCAGUGUUUUAGGAGCAUGCAGCCAUGCUGGUCUUGUUGAAGAAGGAAAAAAGUUGUUUGAUUCAAUGCGUAAAGAACAUGGAAUACAUCCAAGCGUUGAGCACUAUGCUUGUAUGGUCGAUCUUCUCGGUCGUGCCAAUAGGUUAGAGGAGGCAGCUAAGAUUAUAGAUGAAAUGCGGAUCGAACCCGGGGCCAAGGUUUGGGGUUCACUUCUUGGCUCAUGUAGGAUUCAUUGUAAUGUAGAGCUAGCAGAGAGAGCUAGCCAUAGGCUAUUUCAACUUGAACCCCAUAGUGCUGGCAACUAUGUACUCCUAGCUGAUAUUUAUGCAGAAGCUGAGAUGUGGGACGAUGUAAAGCGAGUGAGGAAGCUACUCGAAACUCGCUCGCUGCAAAAAGUUGCAGGAAGAAGUUGGAUUGAAGUGAGAAGGAAAAUGUACUCAUUCGUCUCUGUUGACGAGCCCAACCCUCAGAUCGAACUGAUCCAAUCAUUGUUGAUUAAACUGGCUGCUGAGAUGAAGGAGAAGGGAUACUCACCGCAAACGAAAGUCGUGCUGUAUGAUCUCGAUGAAAGCGAAAAGGAACGGAUCCUAUUGGGUCACAGCGAGAAACUAGCGGUCGCAUUUGGGCUGAUCAACACGAAAAAAGGGGAAACCAUUAGGAUAACCAAGAAUUUGAGGCUGUGUGAAGACUGCCACUCGUUUACAAAAUUCAUUUCCAAGUUUUCAAACAAAGAGAUUCUGGUUCGUGAUGUGAAUCGGUUUCACCAUUUCCAGAAUGGGGUUUGUUCAUGUGGGGAUUAUUGGUAGUAGAACUGUUUGUGGGAUGGGCUUCCCAUUUAGGUUUGCCUGAAAUUUGAGAGGAUUUAGGAUAAUAUAUUAGGCUAAAAAAAUAGGCUUGGACAAAAAAAUUAGACCCGUUUAAAACAUAGGUCGAGCUCAGGCUUAAACAUUCAAGGCUUGAGCUUGGUUCGGCCCAGCUUGUUUUUAAGUUUAUAAUACUUUAUAUUGUGUUAUUUUUUAUAUUAUGUAAUUUAUAACACAUAAAAAUAAUAAUUUUGUAUUAAAUAUAUAAUACUACUCUUAUGUAAA